CUAGAGGUAUGGAGCAUGCGCAGUUCGUGUGUGACUCCCAGUGGUGUGACAGUCACGAGGAGGCGGGACUCCAAGUGGUUGUUGCGGUGGUUGAGUCAAACAGAUGCCGUGAAGCGAUUGGUGGAACUUGUGGAGGGCGGGGAUAUAAAGCAACUUGCACGUUUCCGAUUGGCUGAAUGUGACAGCGAGUGCUCUGGUUAUACAGUCGGUGCGGUGAGAGGAAUGGGGGAGCCUCGGCUGGUUCUGCUCUUCAGCGGGAAGAGAAAAUCCGGCAAAGAUCAUGUGACCAACUCCCUGCAGCUCAGGUUCUCCUCUGAUACUUGUUCUGUUCUGCGCCUGUCGGGGCCCCUGAAGGAACAGUUUGCGCUGGAGCGGGGGCUGGACUAUGAGCGAUUGCUGGGGGCCACUGGAUAUAAGGAGGAAUUCCGCGCUGACAUGAUCCGCUGGGGAGAAGAGAAACGCAGACGUGAUCCCGGAUUCUUCUGCCGCAUCAUCGUGCAACGAGUCUCCCAGCCUGUGUGGAUUAUCAGUGACGCACGACGCAAGUCAGACAUCGAUUGGUUCCGUUCAGAAUAUGGAGCUGUUCUGCAGACAGUCCGUGUGGAGGCAUCAGAGGAGACCAGAGAGGCCCGGGGUUGGGUCUAUACACCAGAGGUGGAUGAUGCAGAGUCGGAGUGUGAUCUGGACCAGGGAGUGGACUUUGAUUGGAUCAUCAGCAACGAUGGAGAGAAUAGUUCUCUAGAGGAGCAACUGAACAAACUCACAGACUUUAUUUAUAGCAAGUUGGAUGAAUUCAAGUGACUGGGGGGCCCACCAGCACCAAAGCAACUUGGACCUGGGACUAGCAGAAACCUUCUGUUUUAUUAGCCAAAUACUUAUAUGAGCUGAUCCAGCUGCCCCAUGCAUUCCAUAAAUGGCUUCUUGUGUGCCCAGAA